AGCAACCACUCCAUAUCAUGGCGACUAACAACUUACCUGUUGAGUUGUGGCUCACCAUUUUCUCUUUCACCAAAACCUUCAAAUUUUCCUCAAAUGAUCUUGCCGCACUCUGCCUAGUGUGCACCUGCUUUCAUCAUGCAGUGGUUGACUCUCUGUAUGCGUCCAUCACAGUCAACAACUCGGAUGUCUGCACUACGCUUGCAGGGCAUCCCCAUCUCGCAGAGAAAGUCAAAUCUUUCAUAUUUACGUAAUGGUCCAAAAUGGUCCUGAGGUGCACCUGGAUAAUCUCUCAUUGGCUCUCAAAAAUAUGACUUGCCUCUCUACGCUCAAGCUUAUCCAUUCGCAAGAGUGCUACUCGUCGGUCCUUCGGUACUGUGAUGCCAAGCUCCAUAUCUUUCAUUGCACCUAUACUAUCGACCUCCAAAUCCUGAGCUUCUUGAACAGGCAGGGCAGCAUCCGUAAUCUCGCUAUCACUGCCAUGUAUGCGGCAGAUGUCUAUUUUGGCAUUGAGGGGCCAACAUUCCCUCCCACAUUUCUGCCGCAUUUAACAGAGGUCUCUGCUGUACCUCUUUUCUUAAAUGCCAUUAUACCUGGUCGCCCAGUUCACACUGUGCGUUUCAAAGGCCAGCAUGCAUGCAUGGGCUCUUGGGAGCUCAAUAGGAUUGUCGGCCCCUCCACUAGUAUCAGGAACCUAGGAUUGGACCUCAUGGCUUGGACCCCGAGACAUCAAUGCUCAUGUCCAUCAAUUCCGAAGCAUGUCGAGGAAAUCACCUUGACAGGUUUUGCUACUCAGCGGCUCAGCGCGUAUGGGGGUUCCGGAAUCAGGGACUGGGGAUGCUAUUUACACCAAAUGCUAGAAGACAUACCAAACUUGAAAAGGCUGACGUUCUGGUUUGAGGGAAAGCAUGCAGAUGCUUACUCAUGGGCUCGCCUUCUCUUUCUGGAGUUUUAUGAUACGCUGUCUCGUCUUAAGCACGUCUCAUGUGUAGUUGCUGGACCAGACGUUUCAACGACAUUCGACUUUUCAUCAGGUUGCUUCCCAAUCCCUUGUUCAAAGGAUAAUCGAACUCGUGGCCACAGGGCUGCAAAUGAUGUUCGGGAGCUUAUGCCGAUUCCUGUCCUCUGUUGCGAGAAUGAGGAAUAUAUUUGCGAUGCAUACUCCUAUUUGAACCUCCAUCUCGACCGUGCAGAGAUGGAAGGUUGGUACCAGUUGAGACAUAGGAAUUGACCUGACCUGCAGGGCACAGCAUCCUUCGUUCGGCCACUGCUGGCUUUGGAAAGGUCGUUCCCGACUCGUCGAAACACCCUCAUCGCCCUCCUGUAACAUUAGAGCACAUGCAUACUCUGUUCCGUAGUAUUGACCUCUCUAAUGCAUUCGAUACAUUCGUUUUUGCUGUCGCAUGCACAGCUUUUUGGUCUUGUUGCAGAUUCGGCGAACUUAACUCAGUCAGUACCAGCACAUUCGACCCUUCUCGUCAU